UUUUUUAACAGUGAUACUAUUACACUACUUCGUCGAACAUAUUAGAACAGUGAUAGAACGGGCAGUAUAGAUAGCUAUUGGGCGAAUUAAUUCGAUCUCUAUAGGAAUCGUAUUUCGUAUCUCUAUAGGAAUAUGAUUGGCGUUUAUGUCCUCGUGUUGGCUGUCAUUGGCUGUAACGCAGUUUACGCUGAUGAAUUUUACAGCAAUAAAUAUGACAAUGUAAAUGUGAAUCAAAUUUUAAAAAGCGAACGGCUUUUGCAACGUUAUAUUCUCUGUUUACUUGACAAAGGAUCUUGUACAUCUGACGGCCGCUUCUUUAAAGAAAUAUUACCGGAGGCUUUAGCAACGAAUUGUUCAAAAUGCAGCAUGAAGCAAAGAGAAAUAGUGAAAACCUUGACUUUGCAUCUAAUGAAUAAUAAGCCUGACCACUGGCGCGAAUUUGUGGAAAAAUACGAUCCGGAUAACAAAUAUAGAACUUCCUUCCUAAAUUUCAUAAUGUCAAGUUGAGUACAAAUGGAUUAAUAAUUAAUAGAAGGUCGCUAUGAUAUUAAAAAAUA